GCAAUUCGCUAUCUUAAUGAGAAAAUAUUAGAUGAUACAGACGACCCACCUGAACUAAAAAAAGAGUUUCAUUCACUAAAAAUUUCAUGUUACUUAAAUAAAGCAGCAUGUUCAUUGAAUUUACAACAUUAUCAAAAUGUAAUAAAUGAUGUUAAUAUAGUGUUAGAAAUGCCAUCCGAAUACUUAUCAACAACUGAUAAAGUUAAGGCGUUAUAUAGACGUGGCACAGCAUAUAACGGCUUGAAAGAUGAGGAAGCAGCUUUAGAGGAUUUAAAAGAAGCUAAUAAAUUAAAUCCAAAAGAUUCAGCAAUUCUAAAAGAAUUACAAAUAGCUAAACAAAAAAUCGUUGCUAGAACAAAUGCUCAAAAGAAAGCUUAUAGUAAAAUGUUUAACUGA